UGCUCAGUAACAACCAACCCUUCCUUUUGGAAAGUUCUGAACACUUAACAGUCUGAUCCUUGUGCAUGUUUACUCUGAAGAUAGCCGUGGCAAAAAAAAGAGAAAAGGGCUGACUUUCCCUCUGAGGUCCGUCUGUCCCUUUCAACAUGGCUGGAGGCAUUACUGAUACAGGGGAGCUCUAUUCUCCUUAUGUUGGCUUGAUUUAUAUGUUCAAUCUCAUAGUUGGGACAGGAGCUCUAACAAUGCCAAAGGCUUUCGCUACUGCUGGUUGGCUUGUCAGCCUCAUCCUAAUAAUGUUCCUGGGGUUUAUGAGCUACAUGACUACAACUUUUGUAAUGGAGGCCAUGGCUGCUGCAAACGCCCAACUUCGUUGGAAGAGAAUGGAGAAGCACAAGGAAGAUGAUGAUGAAGAUUCUUCAUCUGGAGUUUCUGAUAAUGAUGUUCUCCUUCCAGAUGGCUAUGAACGAUCAGAGACGCGGCCUAUCCUUUCUGUUCAGAGACGAGGAACACCCAAUAUUUUUGAAAUCACAGAAAGGAUAGAGAUGGGUCAGAUGGCCUCAAUGUUCUUUAAUAAAGUGGGAGUCAACUUGUUCUAUUUUUGUAUAAUCAUCUACCUCUAUGGCGAUCUGGCGAUCUAUGCAGCUGCAGUCCCAGUUUCUCUUAUGCAGGUGACCUGCAGUGGGAGUGGCAAUAAUUCAUACAGUGAUGAAGAUGGCUCAAAGUAUAACGACACUGCCAAGUGCUGGGGUCCAAUUAGACGGAUUGAUGCUUACAGAAUUUAUUUGGCAGCUUUUACACUCCUGUUGGGUCCAUUCACCUUUUUUAAUGUGCAGAAAACAAAAUAUCUACAGAUUAUGACAUCACUAAUGAGAUGGAUAGCAUUUGUCGUCAUGAUAAUUUUCGCCCUCAUCCACAUUGCCAAGGGCCAGGGGGAAGGUCAGCCUCCUCUGGCACAACUCUCGGGGAUCCGCAAUCUGUUUGGAGUAUGUGUUUAUUCCUUCAUGUGCCAGCACUCCUUGCCAUCCCUCAUCACUCCCAUCUCCAAGAAGAAGCACGUUAACAAGUUGGUCCUGCUGGAUUACAUUUUAAUUCUGGGUUUUUACAGCCUCCUCUCCUUCACCGCUAUCUACUGCUUCCGCAAUGGGACUCUCAUGGACAUGUACACGCUCAACUUCACCAGUGGUCAGAUAGUCCCUUAUGCCUUUCUGCAGUACUUCCUGGGCCUCUUUCCAGUGUUCACCAUCAGCACUAAUUUUCCUAUCAUUGCCGUGACUCUAAGAAACAAUUGGAAGACCCUUUUCCACCGGGAAGGAGGAACCUACCCAUGGGUAGUAGAUAGGAUUUUUUUCCCAGUUAUCACUCUAAUUCCCCCCAUCCUUGUGGCUUUCUGCACUCAUGAUUUAGAGUCCUUGGUGGGCAUUACUGGUGCUUAUGCUGGGAAUGGGAUCCAGUACAUCAUCCCUGCUUUCUUAGCAUAUUGUAGCCGAAAAGAUACUCAGCUGGUUUUUGGAAGCGGCACACUGAAUAAACAUUUGUCUCCAUUCCGGCACAAGUUCUGGAUUGGGUUUGUGCUCCUCUGGGGUCUUUUUUGCUUUCUCUUUGUAACUGCAAAUAUCAUUUUUACUGAAACAAAGCUCUGAUUGAUGAAAUAGUACUGCAGUACUGCUUGUCAUACAGACACUUCAAGGUGACUUACAAGAUCUCUUGGCCUUGCACCUAGUAAGAACUUUUCUAAACAGUCAGCUCGCUAAUACACUCUUGAGUGUGAGACUUGAGCUGGAUGCUGACCUUGUCAGUUUUGGUUGCUGGCCUUCCUGUUCAAUUACUUUUUAAUUUAACUUUCCCACCCAACAUACACAGCCGUGGCUUUUAAUACUUCACUAGGCUGCUGUGCUUGCCCAGUAUCUGACUUUUUUGCCUUGAUCAGAGAUUCCCCUAUGGAUUGUCUUCCUCUCUGUUGUGCCGUGAUCUGUCAAGAGGCUGUUGGAUAUGUGUCUCUUCUCCCAAGAAUAAUGCAGAGGACCAUUAUUACUGGUAACAGUCAAGAAAACAGCCAGUGAAUCAAACAAGCAGUGAUUCCUUCUCCUGCUCACAUUUUCAGCUGAAUGGGGGGGAGGGGUCAGGAUGGAAUAGGAUGUGGACAACUGGUUGAAGUGGGCUUCACAGGCGUUGACAUUUUCCAGGGCCAACCUAUACUGUAGAGAGUGGCAGAGGAAGUCAUCCAGUGGCAGCAACUUCCUGCCUGCCCAGUGGCACUUGGACAGUUACCAUUUUUUCCUCAGCAUUGAUUUCCUUUUCUGUUUGUUACAGCCUUUUUAACAUAAAUGUGUCUUUUUUGUGUGCAGUGCGGCUUCUGCUGUCCCAGAAGCUGGUGUGGAUCUAAAUGCGAUGGUUUCCUCUGAAAAGACUGCAACUAUGUUUAUUUUUCUCAUGGCUUUUGUGUUUGCUGGUCUCUGACUUCCUCUCCUUAGUUGCUUAUAUACCAUGUGUUUGCUGAGAGGCAAGUGCUGUUAAGAACUGCCGAGCCCUCGUUUCACAAGGAAUAAAAGGGAAAACCUGCUUCCACAGUCCUGUUGUGCUGCUGAGUAGCCUCAGCCAUUGCCACAGUCCUCCAUUUCAUACCAGUGUAGGGGCAGCAGGGCAAGGCUGCCACAGUGACUGUACGGACAUGAUAGUGCUCACUACUUGCUGGACAGGUAAUGUAUAAAAGCAACCGGAGAGUGCAUGGACUUGUCUCUAAGCACCUGAGCUGGGUGUUGCCAGAUGUGGGGCUUAGCACUUAACUAUGUCUUAAUGCAGAAUAAUUAUAUGCAAAAUGUAACCAGACAGAAUAAAAUCUUGGAGGCUAAGAGAAAUUCACUCCUAAAACCAUUGUUCUGUGUCUUCUGUCUAAAUACAAAGGCCACAAAUUGCUCUCUGAAUUCUCAAGAGGCCUGAAUUCCGUUGUGAAAAUUCAGCUCCCUUCUCCUGCUUUCAUGUUCAGGGAAUAUAAAGAAAAACACCAAUUCCACCCUCCAUCCAGUCUAAGCUGUCUAUCUUACUGUACAUGUAGCUCAAACUAUACAUGAUGUACACCUAAGUCUGCUCUAAUCACAUUUCAAGAGAAGAGCUGGGAAGUGAUUUUACGUGAAAAAGGGUAAGAGACAGGUGCAAAACUAGUUCCCCCGUUUUGCUCUUGUCGUAUUUUCCUGCAGCCCC